AUGUUAACAAGCAAACGGGGAGGGAUAGUCUAUGACAAACUGACUGAUUUCAACGAGGUGAUAAUGCGUGGGUGUGUCUCGAUGAGUCAUUAUUUUGUGUUUGACUCGCUUGACAAAGCGCUUUGUUUUCUAGAUCGAGUGAUUCAAGUCGGGUGUUACGGCGAUGCUUCAGUCUCGAAAGAGAAACACAAGAUAUGGAUCAAACGGAUCUGUUGUAAUACCGAGUACAAAAAAGUCAAAGAGAAGACUUCGAAAGUCGGCUGUGACGCGCACGCGUUCAUUCGCGAAGUCCAGUUACGAACGAUAAUCAGCGGAAACGGAUUCAAACACGAACAAGUCAUCUUUAAUAUCGACAACAAAAUCUACGCGUUACAUCCAAACGCCGUUUUAAAGAGUUUUGAUUCGAAAUUGUAUGGAGAGAAGUACUCGACAACAAUUAAGAAGAAAGUCGUCUUAGUCACAGUCGCGAAACCGCACUCGGAGGCGUGUCGACGGCAAAUGUUAGAGAAAGGAUAUCAACUGAAACACCGGCGCGACAAAGAAGACCGACCGGAAAGAGUCGACGGAAACGAAAAGAUCAGAGACGGCGACAAUUUCGACAUUUUCGAGAAAACAGCCGCCCAACAAGAUGUCGAAAAAGGAAAUAGAAGAGAAUUUCAACCACCCCCACCACUCCAAUCACCUUUUGUGAUUUGUCAACAGCCAUUUUCACAGUCAGACAGACAAGAAAGUCAUGGAACUGUUAAGUGCGCAUUCACACAGGGUGUUGUCAGCUGCUAUGACGGCGAGUUGUGUGUGAUGAGAAACGAAGAAGACUUGAGUCAAAAGUAUUUGUCGAGAAUCGACGAGUUAAUGAAUGAGGCAUUGACCGACUUCCAAAAGUCCCCGUACGACCAACGGCUACAGGUGUUCACACAAACACUUCAAGAGGCGAAGAGAGUCUUUACGCAGUAA